UUUCCCUCUGCUUUUUCCAUUGCUUUUUCCGUUGCAAUGAUGGAAGACGACGACUUUGGCCUGCUGCACCAGCACGCGGCUGGCAGUGGCGUGUCCGUGUCUGUGCUCGACCCAACUGUCGACAACGAGGACGACGACGACAACAACAACAGCAGCGGUGCUCACGGCUACGGCAUCCACAACGGCGCAGCAGCAGCAGCAGCAACUGCAGGACGAGAGCAACAAGCUCAGCAGCCAAUGUCGACGACGACCGCCUCCACUCUGACUGGCGCUGGAAACGAGCAUCACCAGGGCUUCUUGUUCAACCCGACCGAGUCUGGCGCGGCGAUGGGCGGCGAGGAGGACAACCUCGACGACAUCUUUGGCGACGACGACGCUGCAGACGCGCUGGCGAGCUUCUCGGGCGCGGCUGGAGGAGCAGCGUCGGGCGAUCGUCAGCAGGCAGCAUCGACGUCGUUCGCUGGGUUUGAACUUGCGCUGGACAAUCCGGACCAGGACGAGGAUGAGGACGAGGACGAGGACGGCGACAAUCGACGAGCCAGCAGCAGCUCAAAGAAGAGCAACAAGAAGAAGGACAGGGACUCGGACAAGAGCAGCAAGAAGGACAAGAGCAAGAGCAACAAGGCCACUGGCAAGGAGAAGAAGCGCGGAAAGGCUGCCAAGGCGGUCGUCAGCGGGGACGAGGACGAUGAAGUUGCUGCGGAAGCUGCUGCUCUCCAUCGCGAGGCUGGCAAGGACGCAGACAACCUUGGACCGCGCAGGAACAAGCAAAAGCGAUCCUUUGCAGACUCUGUAGCUUCAGAUGGUCCUGCGGCGAGCAGUGUCCCCCGCCAAGACGCAGAGGACGAGUCCGAUCCCGACGACGCCGUCACAGACCAAAGCAGCCAGGACGGCGCGCGCAAGAAGGCUCGUGCAGACAAGCCCUCCAAGACGCGCUCCGAGGCGUCCUUCGAGAGCGCACCCAAAUCCCGGGGCGCUUUCGACGAAAUUAUGGAGCGCAUGAAGGCCAAGCGCGUCAAGCCCGAAAAGUUUGACAAGUUUUCGGACGAGCGACUCCAAGAAAUCAAAGCAGGUGUUCGAGCCUUUGUCGACAAGAUGCAACGCGCUGCCCGCGACGACAAGGCUGCUCGUGAAAAGCGCAUGCCUGGCCUCUCCAAGCUCAAGAUGCUCGCGGAUGUGGAUUCCGAGCUUCGAAAAGUUCAACUGCACGAAAUGUUCAUGGAGUGCGGCAUUUUGGCUGCCAUUGCCGAGUGGCUUCGCCCGCUGCCCGACGGCUCGCUACCGACAGAAUCGAUUCGCACCAAAUUGCUCACUCUGCUGGAUCUGAUGAACCUGGCAGACAUGGACGAGGAUCUUCAAGAUGCUUUGCAAUCUAGCGAGCUCGGCAAAAUUGUGUUUAUUCUGAAAGUCCACAAAGACGAGACGCAACAAAACAAGCGCAUUGCCAAAACUCUCAUCGACAAAUGGUCUCGUUCUCUCUUCAACUUGGAAGCCGCUCAUGCCGAUCAAGAAAAGCAGUCUGUGGUUCUUUCCGAAAGCGAUCUGGCUCGGCGUCAUCGCGAGCAAGCAGAAAAUGUACUCGCAGCAGCUCCUGAGGCUGGCCGCCAACACGCACGCCUGCCCCAACCAUCCACGCGAGAAUAUCUGGUUCGCCCCCGAGUCGCUGCCGAUGCUCCUACGAGCGCAACCACUGAGGUGCAAGAUGCUGCCUCCGAAGCCGUGCUCGCGGCUUUCUCGCGACGAAUCCAAGCUAGCAAAUCCAAGACCUCGAAAUCGCGUCAACAAGCUGUUGGUGGCAUCGUCGAAUCGAAGCAUUGCAUCAUGUAACUUUUUCUCGGUUUGAUAUAUAAAGCAAGCAACCAUUAGCCAUUGUCGCACACGUCGG